AAAACAACAGUCGGCUAGGAGACCAGCUAGGAGACCGCACUGUCCGUAAAGAACAAAAGGAAAUGCCCUGCCUUUAGGGCUAAGAUGAUUUUCCUCCUCCUUUUUUUUUUUUUUUUUUUUUUUUUUUUAAUUUCCUUGGAGAAAAAAGCCUUGCUAUGUAGCCUUGGCUGGCCUGGCCUCAAUUUGUAGAACAGGCUGGUCUCAAACUCACAGGGAUCAUCCUGCCUCUGCCUCCGAGGCAGAUGAAAGAUGUGCGCUAUCCUGCCAGGUUCUCAUUCUUUAACAAACAAUUCUUUGCUAGUGUGUGAACUGGACAAGACUACCUUUCUUCGUAAGUCUUUAAAGCCUUCAGUAGAGCAGCUGUAGCAUCUAUGAUUUGGUGUCAUCACUAAGAAGGCUAAGCGGAGAGAGCUUCUUGAGGUCAUGAGGUCAACACCUCAUUUAAUUAACGAGCUUAAUUAAAAGUAAUGUCAAAGCUGGAGAGGCGGUUCAACAGAUAAAGUUGAAGGGAAGGAGUUCUGCCCCCUGCUGGCAGCUACGGUGGCUCCCCGAAAUCUUAGCACUGGGGAAGCAGAAGUGGAGAGGUGGAGAGGGAGAGUCAGAGGCAGGGGAUUCCCAGAACAAGCCAGGACAACUAGACUAGCCCAAAUCAGUGGUUUUGUGAGUGCUCUUGGUUUAGAUGGGAACCUCCAUAAAUAAAGAAGAUAUCUAAUGUCAGCCUUGGGUGUCCACAUGCCCACAUAUGCAUGCAUACACACCACACACACAUACACCACACAUAGACACACACAGCACACACAGAUACACACACACACCACACACAGCACACACACACAGCACACACACAUACACACACACCACACAGCACACACAUACAUACACCACACACAUACAUAUACCACACAUAGACAAACACACCACACACACAUACACACAUACCACACAUACACACACACCACACACACGCAUACAUACACCACACACAAACACCACACACACAGACACAUACCACACACAUAUACAUACACACACAACCACACCCCACACACACAUACACACCCCACGGCAUACACAUAUACACAUACACACAGGAGGAGGAGGAAGAAGGGGAGGAGGAAAAGAAGAACAAGAACAAGAACAACGACGACAACAACAACCUUUCUGAAAGCUGCAUAAUUUUUUCAAAUUCUCCUGCAUGUUCAGCAACUGCCACAAGGGCCAUGACAUUAGCCUAAAACAAAAGAACAGAAUACCAAACAAUAUGCACAUUUAAUGUAAAUUAAGGGAAAUAUUACAUUUUUAAAUACAUUUUAUCAUUAUUUUCUAGUCAGGUUCCAGUAAUAUAAUCAAAAUGAAUUCUUAUUACUGCAGGCCAUAGGUUCAAUGGAUAUUAAUGUCACCUCAUCAACCUACACAGACCAAAGGUACUCAUUUCUUUAAUUCACUGGACAGGGACAGCAUUUUGGAAGGCAUCCAUGUCCUUAUGGGACCCCAAAGUCCACAUGCCAGUUAGGCUGCCACAUAUCAGUAUACAAGUAAUUCCAUAAAUACCUCCAGGAUUCUGUAAUUUUUAUUUUUACAUUCUUUUACUCUCUAUGUGUGAGUGCGUGUGCAUGUACGUGUGGGUGCACACCACGGUGAGCCUGUUGAAAUCAGAGGACCCCUUUCUGGGGUCAGUUCUGUUCUUCCACUGUGGUUCCAGGGAUGGAGUCUGGGACAACAGAUUUGCAAGUGCUUUUAUCCUCUGAGACAUCUCUCUAGCCCUUGAUAACUUUUUCUAGCCAAUCAAAGUGUUUCCGAAGACCAUGUGUAAUAUAUCCUAGAUCUCCAAAACAAUGUGACUUUCAGACGUGAAGGACCGACUGCCCCACUCCACAGUGCUGCUAAGCAUGGUGGCUGUAGGGACACGCUUUCAAACCAGACUAGCAUGUCUCUAGCACUUCACUAGCGCAUGUCUUUGCCCUGUUACUAACCUUCAGACAUUAGAUCCCUCAUCUAUCAAACAGAGAAGAUAUGACGGUAAAAGAGUAACUUCCUCAGAAGGCGAGGCUUUAAGUGAUCUAAAGUUCAGUGGGGCUUAGCUCUUGGCUGGCACAGAGUGAGAGUUUAAAUGGUGCAGAGUCUGUCCACACAGUCCCUAAAAAUAGUCUAUAGAGUGAGAACAGGAGGGGAACUAAAAGGGGGAGUUAUGGAUUCUAGCUUACCUUCCUGGCUUUCUCCAACACAUCAUCCAGAUCCUACGACAAACAGAGACAACCACGCUUACUCUACAUGAUCAACUGCCCCUGGGUCAUCUACACUGUGCACAGAGGCACCAUGGAGGACAACGCUGUUAGCAAGGAACAAGUUGGCAGGGAAUGAAGUGACCUCCUGCUUACUCUCUGACGCACACUACACCGAAACAGAAACCUCUGCUGCCAAACACACACGGCUGUUUCUGCCCUCCCUCACCCUGUCUCUCAGCAGUUUCUGGGCAUUUCCCCCCACGCUUUGCUUUCACAGCCUCAAUGAUGGGUUACUCUUCAGUCUCCUUGACUGAUUCUCUGUCCUUUCUGUGACUUUAAGCUCUUCUGUUCUCUCUGCACCUGCCUUGAGGGAUGCCGUCUUUCUCUGUUUAUUUAGCACCCUUGACCACACCAUGUAAGGUCUCUACUGCUAAGCUACAUCCUCCCCUUCUCCUCUUUUAAGAUAUCAUGCUGAAUCUCCAGCUUGCCGAGUUUUUAAUCUCUCCUGGACCCAUGACUCGCAUUUGAAAUGACUAUGUACUCUAAUGUACUUUAAUCUUUCCACUUGAAUGAGAUUAGACUUAACCAAUAUGUCCCCACUAGGUUUCUGUCUACCCACCUCCUCACUCUGAUCCCAAACCUUGCUCCUUCCUCACCCCAGCGAAGGCCAUCACCGUCUUCCUUACAGUAAGCACAAACUAAGAAUCUAAGUCAUGCUCGAUUUCUUCCUCCCUCUGCUGUUUGCAUCCAAGGCUCCUGCAUGUAAUGUCUGUGUUAUUCCUAAAAUAUGUUGAGUACAUCUAUGUUGAUUCUCAUGCUGUCCUCACCUUAUCGGCCUCUACCAACUCUUGUCUGUAAACUGAGACGUUUCCCAAACGCUCUGGCUUUCUCUCCCCCACCUUUUGGCCACUCGGCAGAAGAUUUGUCUUCAGAAUAUUCUGUCUCUCUCUUUUUUUUUAAAAAUGGGUUUGUAUUUAAAUUUUAAAGGGUUAAGACUGUGCAUCUAAUGCAAUUCGAAUGUCUUACUGACCUUGACCUACCUUUCCCACCUCCUGGAAAAUCUCCCCAAUCUUUGAAAGUUCUCUUUUAUUGUUCCCAGCUGUUGGUUAACUAAAAUAAGCCAUAUUCUAUGCUGUAUGCGGGUGGACAACCCGCCGGUGUUCAUCACUACCGUAACUCACACCAUAAGCGACACCUCCUAAGAAAUAGGCACCUACUUCUCCUUUCUCUUCAUUUUUCCCGACGUAGCCGGUAAAACCUAUUUCCACCCCUACAAACUCGCCCCAUCACGUGUUAUUAUUCUUGUUUGUCCCUCUCCCUGGCCAGAACUAGAACCCCUGCUAAGGGCUAGGUUGGACCAGCACAUCUCAGGAAUGGUAGAAGAAAGGACUAUUGAUAGGACAAACUCAAGGAUCAAGAUGCCCAGGCCGCCUUAGAUUCCCAGGCCACGGCAGCAGCCUCUCCCCUAGAGGACUUCCGAGUGCGCUGCACCUUAAAGAGGGCCGUGGUGGAAGUGAUGGAGAUGUGCGGUCGUUUUGUGCAGGAGCUCGGGGCCGCGCUGCCGGAGGACGUCCGCGAGCUCGCCGUGCGGGACGCGCAGUGGACUUUUGAGUCGGCUGUGCAGGAGAAUGUCAGCAUUAACGGACAGGUCUGGGAGGAAGCUACAGAUCAUUGUUUUAUGGUAGAUUCUGACAUCAAAGUGCUUGAAGAUGAAUUUGAUGAGCUCAUAGUAGAUGUGUCGACAAAACGGAGGCAGUAUCCCAGAAGGAUCCUGGAGAGCAUUGUCAAAACCUUGAAAGCACAGCAUGCGAGUCUGAAGCAGUAUCACCCUGUCGUGCCUCCCCUGGACCUGAAAUGUGACCCUGACCCAGCUUCUCAUGUGGAAGAUCUGAAAUGCCGUGGAGAAACCAUAGCUAAGGAAAUGAGUGAGGCCAUGAAGGCUUUGCCUGUGUUAAUUGAACAAGGAGACGGCUUUUCCCAGGUCUUAAAGAUGCAGCCUGUCAUCCAACUGCAGAGGAUCAGCCAGGAAGUCUUCUCCAGCCUUUGCAGGAGAGCAGAUUUCAAGCCUGACAAGUGUGGGACACACGUAGAAUCCACACCAACUGAGACUGGAGCCAGGAAGGCCUCCAACAUUGUGCUAAAGAGAAAGAAAGCCACAGACUGCGCCCAGAGAAAGUGCUACCCACUGCGGCUGAAGAGAAUAAAUCUCGAUAUGUGAGCGCUGUUUGUUGGGGAGCUGAAAGUCAAUGUUGUCAACAAUUGGGUCCCAGUCUGGUGCCUGGGUGACUUUAUUUACAGUAACGGAUUCUACGGGUACUGUGUACCGUUCUGGUGUCCUGGAACUCGGUGGAGUUCCCUGCCUCUUCACUUGAGUGGGCAGUAGGAGAAAAGACUUCCCGGUCGCACAGACCUGUCAGCCGCCUCAGAUGACACCAGCUCUUGGCUGCCUUGCAGCUAUCGAGGCACCCCCAGGAAGGGUUUUGUUGAUGCACAGCUCUCUCUGUGUGAGGCUGUGAGGUGGUCCCUGCGGCCUGAGAGUUGGGCUGGCUCUGUACAUUCCUAGGCAGUCUAUCAGAUGAACGCACAGAAAGUGGGCCUGGCUUUAGGUUUGCUCCAUGGGCAGUUGAUUUGAGGCUUUAAAGUUUUGAGAGAUAAAUAAGGCUAUUACUGGGGCAAGAAAUACCCUUAAAAAGGAAACCUAGGGCACAGACCCUCUAUUUCUUGCCUGCGUUUUCACUUUCAUAGGUCUUUGAACAUAAUUGGACUGGGAACUGUUAGUGUCUUUUAAAGUCCUUAUUUCCAAAUAGAUCCUUCCAGUUCAAAGUGUGUCUUAGGAUUGGUUGCCAUGUCACUUACCACAGACCUAAGCAGAGUAAGCUGCUCUAGUUGUGGACGGUGUAUAUCUGAGAGAGUGUCAGACUCGGUGGUGUCAGCAAGCUUACACUGAGAUCUGGACACAGCCCCUUACAGCCUGCUCUGUGUCUUACCCAAGGCAUGGGAGGCAGGGCCGUCGAGCUUGCUGUCUGUUUCCCUUUUGGGUGAUUAUACUUUUGUCCAUUUUCAGAGGACAAAACUUCAGAGUCACUGAUGGCGACUUGGAAAAACCACGUUGUUUUUGUUCGUUGUCCUAAUGAUCAUAAACAUCGUGGUUUGUCUUGAUGGAGAUGCUGCUUUAGGGAACUUAGAUUCCGUUUUAGUUAAAAUUUGAUUUGAUUUAGUGUUAAUAAUUAUAUGGGUCAGUGUUGGGAUUUUUAAGUAAUGUACAAAGACCAAAAUCUUGGCUAACAAGGCAUUGUUGGUGGUGGCUUUUGUGGGAGAGCAGGCUGGGCUCUGCAUUUCAGGAUGAACUGGCUCUUGCUCUAAGGUCACUGUGUGACUCCAGAAGAUGGCUGCUCCUGGCACUGGAGUGAGAAGUGCCCAGUAAGAUAAGGCUAGCACAGCAGGCUGGGUGGCAGUAUGGUGGAUCCCACUGAAGCAAGAGCUACACAGCAAGUUGGGGGAAUGAGCUUGGGGGCAUCCCCGAGGAGAUUCUGAUGGACCUGUGGAGUCAGGUUGGGAAAGGCCUCGUCACACAUGGGCUCUGAGGUCAGCUCAGAGGAGUUUGGAGUGACCGACACUUGCAACACCGAUGGGACUUGAGCCUGUGGCUUAAAGCAGCCCCUUAGUAGUAGUAAGCUCUGAGAGGUGUUUCGUCCUGAGUGCAGAAGCUGGGCGAUGGAGGACCCCGAGGACCCUUGGGGCCCACUUACAACAGGAGUUCUGAAUGAGGGUUACCUUCCUGGCAGACCUGUGGUAACUGUGAAGAUGGCUUUGCCUAUUGUAACUUAAGGUGUGUGGCAGAGGCUUGAGAGGUAGGGGUGAAUCACUGUCGUCUAGAGAAUAGCUGUCCCGAUGGUUGGCACAGCUAACCAUCCGCCCUGAGAUGGCAGUGCUGUGCUGUCUAACCAUCCACCCUGAGACAGCAAUGCUGUGCUGUCUAACCAUCCACCCUGAGACAGCAAUGCUGUGCUGUCUAACCAUCCACCCUGAGACAGCAAUGCUGUGCUGUCUAACCAUCCACCCUGAGACGGCAAUGCUGUGCUGUCUAACCAUCCACCCUGAGACAGCAGUGCUGUGCUGUCUAACCAUCCACCCUGAGACGGCAGUGCUGUGCUGUCUAACCAUCCACCCUGAGACGGCGGUGCUGUGCUGUCUAACCAUCCACCCUGAGACAGCAAUGCUGUGCUGUCUAACCAUCCAUCCUGAGACUGUGCUGUGCGGUGCUGUGCUGUGGUGGUGAAGCCUGCCGAGGGAGAACACACCAGCAGCAUGGUGUGGGGUGAUUGUUACAGCCAAUCUGGGAAGUGCUGUUUGUCUUGGUUGUCCAAUCACCACAUUGUCAGCUGCAGUGUAUGAUCUUAUAUAAAACAAGACUGUAGGAUACAUGUAAAAAAUCCACAAAUAAAAAAAGACUUGUUAA